AACUAACUUCUCAACAACUGUAUACUCUUGAUGAUAAUAUUUGGAAAUUGCCAAAAAAUCCUAAUGAUACAUCCACAUUAGAAUUUUCUCAACAAUUGUAUACUCUUGAUAAUAUUUGGAAUUUGCCAGAAGAAUCUGAUAAUGAUCUAUUAGUAAAUAAUAUCAAAGUUUUAAAAUAUGAAAUAUCAACAAGAAUACAUCACAAUUUUUAA